AUGGUAUCUCCUGUAGAUUGGAGACCUUUUAUAUUUGGUGGGUUGGCAUCUAUGACUGCUGAAAGUGGUACAUUUCCAAUUGAUACAACUAAAACCCGAUUACAAAUUCAAGGUCAAGUUAUAGAUACUAGAUUAACAGAAUUAAAAUAUCGUGGCAUGACCCAUGCUUUAUUUAGAAUAUUUAAAGAAGAAGGAUUUUAUUCUUUAUAUUCAGGAAUUGCACCAGCCUUAUUAAGACAAGCUACGUAUGGUACUAUUAAAAUAGGAGGAUAUCAGAAUCUCAAACGCUUAUUUUCUUCAGAUCCUAAAAAUGAAAAACUCAGUAUUAAUGUUUUUUGUGGUAUUGUAGCUGGAGUUAUCUCCAGUUUUAUGGCUAACCCUACAGAUGUAUUAAAGGUUAGAUUACAAGCUCAGGGUUCAUCUAGAUCUUCAGAUUCAAUGUUUAGAUCAUUUAUGAAAAUUUAUCAAUCAGAAGGAAUUCCUGGUUUAUGGAGGGGAGUUGGUCCUAAUGCUCAGAGAGCAGCUGUUGUUGCAGGCGUAGAGUUACCAGCAUACGAUGUCUGUAAAAAACAUAUAAUAAGAUCGGGUUAUUUAGGUGAUUCUAUAGAAACACAUUUUCUAGCUGCCUUCUUUGCUGGUUUUGUUGGAACUGUAGCAUCAAAUCCUAUAGAUGUUGUCAAGACUCGUCUAAUGAAUCAACAGAAAUUAAAAGUUACUGAUACAGCUACUGGUAAUAUACCUAAAAUAUAUACAUCAUCUUUCGACUGUUUCGUUAAGACCAUUAAAACUGAAGGAUUUUUAGCUCUAUAUAAAGGAUUUAUACCAACAUGGGUUCGACUUGGUCCAUGGAAUAUUAUUGUAUCCUUGAAUAAAAAUAAAUCCAAAAAGUUCAAAAGAAGAAAAAAUAGUUGCUUCACAUCUUUUGUGCUUUCAGAAUAUUUGAUUUAUUUAGCAUAA